AUGCGCUACUCCUACACUCUUCUUGCCUUUGCCGCCACGGCUCUGGCACUUCCCACCCCACAACCUGCCGACGAUGGCAAGUGGGCUCCCGGGAAGUACGAAGGCGGCAACACUGGCUACGACGACGGAAAGUGGUAUCCCGGAAAGUACCCAGGCCGCAGUGAAGACGACACCGUCGAGGAGGUCACAAGAGCCGAUGACGGCAAAUGGGCCCCCGGAAAGUAUGAGGGCGGCAAGACUGGCUACGACGAUGGCAAGUGGUACCCCGGCAAAUAUCCCGGCAAGCGUGAGGAAGAUGCCGACGAAGUCAAGCGUGCCGAUGACGGGAAGUGGUACCCCGGAAAGUAUGAAGGUGGCAAGACUCCCUAUGAUGACGGCAAGUGGUAUCCCGGAAAGUACCCAGGCCGAGAUGAGGAGCAGACCGAGGAGGUCAAGCGUGCCGACGACGGUUCGUGGGCUCCUGGAAAGUACGAAGGUGGAAAGACUGGCUAUGAUGAUGGCAAGUGGUAUCCUGGAAAGUACCCUGGCCGCAGUGAAGAAGAGUCUGAGGAAGUCAAGCGUGCCGAUGAUGGCUCAUGGGCCCCUGGAAAGUACGAGGGCGGCAAGACUGGUUUUGAUGAUGGCAAGUGGUAUCCCGGAAAGUACCCUGGACGCGAUGAGGAGAGUGUCGAUGAGGUGAAGAGAGCCGACGAUGGCAAGUGGUACCCCGGAAAGUACGAAGGCGGCAAGACUGGCUUUGACGACGGAAAAUGGUACCCCGGAAAGUACCCUGGCCGCAGUGAGAACGAAGAAGAGUUCAAGCGUGCCGAUGAUGGCUCAUGGGCCCCUGGAAAGUAUGAGGGUGGCAAGACUGGCUUCGACGACGGCAAGUGGUAUCCCGGAAAGUAUCCCGGCCGCAGCGAGGAGGUUGAGGUCGACGCAUAA